AUGAAAUCAGGAUUAAUCAUUUUACUAGCUUUAAUUCCUAUCGUUGCCGCAUUUGAUGAAGGUUGUGCUUAUUAGCAGUGCCCAUAAGAGUAUAGCGCAUGUAUGCAAGAAGUUUUCGGGUGUGCUUCUUAAGAAUAAGAUUGUAAAAGCGAAUGCGGUGAAACAGAACCAUGCUUUUAAUAAUGUGUUUAUAAAGUAGGAAAUAAAAAACUAAUAAAUUUAUAUGGUUGUUGGUAAGUAUUUUGUUAAAGUACAACCAUAAAUAUACCUAAAGAAGAUUGUAAAAUAGAACAAUGCAUCUAGUAUUUCGAAUCAGAAUGCUUUUCAACAAAAAAUAUGAAGUCAAUUCCAUGCAUGAUUGAAUUUUCUUAAAGACAUCCUGAGUGUGAAUGUUUAAAUUAAUGA